AUGAAGGCCUCUAUUUCUCUUGUCGUUUUCGCCAUGGCUGCUUUUGGCAUGGGCGCUGCGAUUGAAAGCCGCCAGAAUACCUGGGGUCCCUACACCUGUCCCACUCGGGCGCAAUGCGAAGCUUCGUGCGAAGCUGCUGGACUUGUGUACGCUGCCAGUGACUGUAACAAUGCAUGGACCAACUGUGCUUGCGAUUAUUAG